AUGUUGUCGCUAUUGCAGCUGGCGUGGGCUUUGGUCGUCCCGCCGUUGCUACAGCAGGCUGGUGCCAACCCCCUACCUCACAUUCGACAACCGUAUGCGCCAGACUCCUUGGGCGCUGUAGCGAGCGAGAGCAGUGUUUGCAGCCAGAUUGGAAUUGAUCUGCUCCGAAAUGGCGGCAAUGCUGCAGAUGCGGUAAGUGAGCUCCCUAACAACGACUCGAAAGACUCCAGGGUGACAAUUUCCAAGCUCGUUGGCACUGUCUUUUGCACCGGAGUUAUCGGCAUGUAUCAUAGUGGCAUCGGUGGUGGCGGGUUCAUGAUCGUCCGCAGUUCAAACGGGAGCUACGAAGUGAUAGAUUUUCGAGAAACAGCCCCUGCUGCUGCUUUUCAGGACAUGUACAACAACAACACCAACGCAAGCAUUUUCGGGGGUUUGGCGAGACUCAUGGUGGUCGACAGCGGAGUUCCAGGAGAAGUCAGGGGCCUGGCUCAUUUGCAUCAAAAUUACGGGAAACUUCCCUGGACGCAGGUAAUGCAAGGCGCCAUAAAGACGGCUAGAUAUGGCUGGACGGUCAGCGAGGACUUGGUGCGUUAUAUGGAAUCGGGAAUGGCUUCCGCCGCAGUGCCCAAUUUCCUCGUCGACGAUCCAAACUGGGCCAUCGAUUUCGCACCCAACGGCACCUUGCUCGGAGCUGGAGACACAAUAACACGGAAGAGGUAUGCCGACACGCUCGAAACUAUUGCUCAGCAAGGCCCUGAUGCGUUUUACCGUGGCCCAAUCGCCGAGGCUACCAUUGCAGCGGUGCAAGCGGCAAACGGAACCAUGACACUCGAGGACCUCCACAACUACACCGUCGCCGUUCGGCAAACCGCCAACAUCACGUAUCGAGGAUAUCGUUUAUUCAGCUGCAGUGCCCCCAGUUCGGGAGAGGUCGCCCUCUCGGUGCUCAAGACCCUAGAACUGUAUCCCGAUUUCUUUCAUGCUGGAACGGUCAAUCUGAGCACGCACCGAUUGGACGAAGCAAUCAGGUUUGGAUAUGGGGAGAGAACCAGUCUUGGUGAUCCAUCCUUUGUGCACAAUCUGUCGGCGUAUCAGGAUGAAAUGCUGUCUGACGCGACAGCACGCGAUAUUCGGAGCAAAAUUUCAGACCUUCGCACGUUGAAUGUCUCGGCGUAUGAUCCAGCUGGGAUUGAAUCCCUGGAAACCCCAGGCACUUCUCAUAUUGUUACGGCAGAUGCCUCUGGGAUGGCCAUCUCUCUAACGACGACAAUCAACUUGUUAUUUGGGUCGCAGGUUCUGGUCCCCGAGACGGGAGUGAUCAUGAACAACGAAAUGAACGACUUUUCCAUUCCCGGAUCGUCGAAUGCCUUUGGAUAUGUUCCAAGUCCGUCCAAUUAUGUGCGACCGGGGAAGAGACCACUGUCGUCCAUUUCACCCACUAUCGUUGAGUAUGGCAACGGAACGCUUUACUAUGUUACCGGCGCGGCAGGAGGAUCAAGGAUCAUCACAGCCACAAUUCAGAGUCUGGUCCACGUGCUUGACCAGAACAUGACAGCUCCACAGGCGCUGGCGCAGCCUCGCCUUCACGAUCAACUCAUUCCAAACCAGGUGACGUUUGAGUACGCGUACGACAACGAGACAGUGGCAUUCAUGAAGUCGAGAGGCCACAACAUUUCCUUUGUGAGUGACUCUUCCAGCCCUGGAAGAAACGCCCGUUCUUCCACCUAG